AGAUAAACCAAACUGUCUCACAUUGAAAAUGAACUAGCAGUGGCUUUAAAUAGCCUUACAAAGAAACUGAAAUGCUGAAAUAAAGCUAAGUUUCCCAUAAUACCAGGAAACGUGAUUACAAGCAAAGGAAUAGGAAAGGCACCAACAAACUACACCCACUUCCUAAUAAUUAGGAACUUAUUAAGACUGAUUCAAAAUAACUAACACUAACUACACAAAGAUGAGAUGAUGUCUGAAAUUUCCAGAAGAGGAUCCACUCUUCCAGCCAACUUGGAUUCCAUGGAUCAGUUAGCCAAGUCGAAACAGUCGGUUCUCAUAUGCACAGAGAGCGGGUUCGAAUCCCAUUUCCUCCGGCACGGAAAUGAAACGGUGGUCUCUAGGAGAGUAACGACACAAUUCCAUGGAUACUUGUAUCCGAUUCAUUUAAGUCUUUGCUUCUUGUGCCGAUCUUUUUGAUAUGUUUUCAAAGAUAAUUAGACCUAAACUUUAGAGUGAAUGGAGAAGGCUCUCUCAAUAAUAAUAUUUAAGAUAAUAAUUAGUUUAUUAAACAAGACUCUGGAUGAGUUUGUUAAAGAUUGGGUCAUGUCGAAACUCCUUUUUUUGCUCAUUAGUUUCCUGCUGAUUGUCUUUGUAUGUUUUCACUCAUUCCGUGAAUUGUUUUGUAAGGUGUAGAUAUCCUCAAAGCAGUGGUAGUAAAAUGCCGUUUCAGAUAACUGUAAAAAGUAACUACUUGAAUUUAAAUUUCAUGAGGUAUUGGAGAUAAGUGUUGGUUUUUUAUGUUUUUCUCAUUCUGGUUGAGUGCUAUGUCUGCCUCAACUUGAUUCUCCCUGGUGCACACAUAUCGUGCUAUUGGUUUUCCCUAGUUGACUAUAGUUAAAAAUUUAAAACCGAAGUUUUCCCUGCUCUGCUAGUGUUUCAUAGCAGGCAAUCAAUUAAGAAAGAUAAAACUUAGUAAUUUAUUAACCAAAUGAAUUUAAUUAACAUCUAAUUGACAUGUAAGAUCAUAAAAUUAAAAGAAUAUCAAUAGCAACUACAAACGAAUUAACUUAUUUGUAAAAAAUCAGAAACUUUUUUUAACUAGCUCAAGCUUUUUAAAUAACUUACUCCAAUCAAACUGUGCUUAUUUGUGAAUUGUAUUGUCAGAAAGUAAUAAACAUUUAACUGUUGCAAUGAAUGUGAGUGAUUAAGCGGAUCAAGGAAAUCAGGCCCCAUUGGUGACCAUUUGUCUUUGUAACCUUCUCUGCAGGAUCAAGGAAAAAGCAACUCUAUUCAUGAAUACCCGAGCAGUUGUGGUUGUGCUAUUCAGAUAUCAUUCAGAGCUCAUUUACAUUUGAUUACUUAUAUUCGUUUGUUAUCAAUAAUCUCCUUAAACCUACCAUUCCUUGUAGUUACACUAGUUUUACAAAAUAACAGGAACUGAAAUUGCAAAUGCAGACAUCUUAUCAACAUAAAGCUUCACUUGCGGUUUUCCAAACCAAAGGAUAUGUUUGGAACAAGAAUGGUGGGGAAAGGGAAAAGCACAAAGGAAAUUAAGUUCGGGAUAUAUUAUUUGGUUUGACAUAAGAAAAUAAAAAGAAAGGUCACUUCUGGGCAAAAAAUCAAAGUUUACAUAUAUUUUGAUUUUUUAGUCUUCUGGGGAAAAAAACAAAUUUUACAUGUAUUUUGAUUUUUGGAGUAAAACUGAGAAAUAAGAAACAGCCCUUUGGUUGUGUUAAAAGUCCAAAAACAAAAAGUCAGCCAUCAUGUUAGCAAUAAGAUUUAAAGGUCUGUGGGGUCAGUUAAUCACUUAAUCCCAGGUCGUAUCCCCCCACCCACAAAAAAUACUUUUGAAAGCCAUUUACCUUUGUGCUUUCUAUGAUCUCAGAGAAGAGAUUGUGUGUGUGCUGACCUGCGUUUUCCUUUCUCAGGUCUUAUGCGCUUGAGAGUUUGUGUGUGUGUGUGAUGACCUGCGUUUUGUGCGAUCAAGGUUAAGGAGAGGAGGCGAGAGGUUAACAUCCUGGCAUUUGCUUAACGAUCGUUAUUUAGAGUAAGGGUAGAUGAGAAAUGCUAGGUGUACACAAAAUGUGUACACCAUUGGCACACCAUAUAAAAGGCACCCUAUUUUUACCAUCUUUUACUCCAGUCUUCUCUUCCGUUUCUCUUCCAUCUUCCGCUAUCCCCUUCUGCCUCUUUUUUCGUUUCAGCCCCAUUUUUCCUCUCUUCUUCAUUUCAAAAGCUCUAGCUCUCUCCUUUCAUGGAGGUCUAAAUCAUAAUAUAAAAACACCCCAUUUCUUUUACUUCUCACUGGUUCUCGUUUGGGUUGAUUCUUUGUUCUUCCCUCAUCUAACCCCUCAAAGCCCUAAUGCGAUUGAUACACCAUAAUCGGUCCGGUGAAGAUCAAGUGUACAGGGAGUGAAGGUCUGGUGACCGAAUGCCUCGUCCCUCUCUUCUAUCUCUUUCUGGUCUGUACCCGUCCCAUCCAGAGUGUACUCCUUCCGGUAGGAUUAAUCUCUUCUCUAGUAGUGAAGACUGAAACUUUUACAGGUUAUUAAGAUGGACAAUAAAGACCUCAAAUUCACAUGGUCACGAGAUGGAGGAGCCUAUGUGUCACACGUUUGAAGAGCGUCAAAGUGGUGAUCAUGGAAAUGACUUGCUAGUAUACUCGGAUAGUGUUGGGAGAAUGUGGACAAGAUUCACAUGGUCUCAAGAUUCAUGCUCUUUAUUAUAGUUAUGUAACCCACAUGUAAUUAGAUUUGUGAAGAUUCAGAUGACCAAUAUGGUGAUAAUGUAUUUUACAUAUAAUGUAUUAUAGCUCUGUCUAACAGACAAUAUUUAUGUGUGCCAGACAAUUCAUGCUUGACUUUUUGGCAUUGGAGUUUUGUCUGACAGACAAUAUUUGUUUGUGCCAGACAUUUUGUGUCUGGGUUGGUAAAAGAGUUAGGUCGGACAGACAAUAUUUGUAUGUAUCAGACAUUUCGUGUCUGGUCCUAGCAAAAGAGUUAUGUGUAACAGACAAUAUUUGUGAAUGCCAGACGUUUCGUAUUUGGUUUUGGCAAAGGAGUUUUGUCUAAUAAACAAUAUUUGUCUGUCUGGCAGAAGCAAUUGUCUGUCUGGACUCUGGCA